AUGAACUGUACCCUAAAGGAGGAUCUUCAUAUGGAAUUUCCAGGUCAGGGUGAGUUUGAGGGAACAUCGGAGGAAGCCUGGCACGAGCGUUUAGCCGAUGAGUUGUAUUCUGAUCUUCCGCGGUUCGACGAAUACUUUGAAGGGUUUCCGGAUACGGACAAUUUAUCUGGGGACUACUUUGAAGAAGUACGCAGGGAGUACGAGCGGCGCAAACGCCAGCGCUACCACGCCACACAACCCCCUGCUGACCCGGCACACAGCAGCGAGUACACGUCAGCCUCGAAGGACGCCGAAUUUCGGCGUCGUCAUGCCGAGGGCCUCAAGCAGCGGGGUCUGCUCACUCCGUCAUCGUCGACCAUCGUGCUGUCACCCUCUUACGAGCAGUACUCUAAUGAGUGGCGGGCAUUUUUGAAAUCCGGCGGUGGCCGAGCGAUACCCUGGCCGCCCAUUACCGUUGGCGACACGGAGGGCCUGUUGAGGUUUGUGAAGCAGAGCCUGGUGCACCUGCGGCAGCUGCAGGUCGACUGGCAUCCCGAUCGUUUUUUCGCCCGUCUACCGCCCGACACAGAGCGCACCAAGGGCCUGGUUGAUCGUGUCACUGCGUUGUCCCAAUUUCUCAAUGCGACCGUCUCAGAACUGAAACAUCGUGUGGGACAGAAAACAGCAUAA